AUGGCCGAUAUCAUUACCCAGGUGACUCAAGAGUCACCCUCUUAUAACCGAAGCUAUGAACGCCAGAACCAGGUGGACUAUGACUCGAAAAUUCAUUUAAACGUUAGAAAUAACAACUUCACUAUAACAAGGGAAGAACUUAUGAGUUUGCCUGAAAGCAUAUUGCUUUGUCUUUUCCCCAACGGGGUCUUUUUGGAUGCUUCUGGUCAAGCAAUUACCAAUUUGACUGAAGAUGAUACGGUGUUUGUCAAUUUUGAGCCUUCAUGUUUUGAGUACAUAAUUGAUAAUUUCGGUAGGGCUAGAAAGGACUUGCUUGAGAUGCCUCAAUUAUCUCCUCAACAGCUGUAUGGUAGUUCUACUCAGCAGGAAACCGCCGCCUCGGUCUUACAACACAAGCCUGCAAUCAUAGUGUUGAGAGAAGAUUUAGACUACUAUAUCAUUCCUCCCAUGGAAGGGUUUGAUGCCGACAACUUCAGGCAUUGUAAAAUAAACGUAGCGCUGUACUUGCUUGAAAAUAAGCAAAUUUUCAGUGGAUUAGGCUACAAUACGAAAUUAGAUCCUAAAAUACCUCAACAUUUGGGACCUGCCGAACAGCACUUGUUGGAUAUGUUAUGCUCAUCUGGAUUUGAAGUUGAUGGAGAAUGGGGGUCAAGGUCCUUGGAGCCAGGUAAGUGUGUCGUUUCAUCAUUGCUGUUGGUAAGAUUGCAACUGGCUGCGCAGCGGAAACAAAAGGAAUUGGAGAAUGAAACUCCACCAAUGUCACCCCAGUUAGCGCCUGUGCAAUCCAACGCAUCUGUUUCCAGUACGAAUAGAAAAUCUAGAUCGAGAAUAGCAACGUUGGCAUCAAGUGCUAGCCGUGCAGCCUCGAGAAGUUUAUCUAAGAGUAGAUCUCAGAAUCCCGAUUCAAGUCACACCAAAUUGUUAUUAUUUUGGAGGAAGCCUGCCAGAAAGUGUUGGUGGAGCAAUGAAACUAUAGAAAUAGAUGUAAGCGGAAUGGUUGUAAAGGGGGAAGCGUUACACAACAUUACCGUAAAGGUUCAUAUUAGAAGGGUGUGGACUUUGGAGUUGAGCGUGAUUGGAGUUCAGUAG